AUGGCACUGAGACCUGAAACACCCGGACUGAGCGGUUUAAGUUAUAUAGAGUCCUUGAAAAUUAGGAUUCAAACACUCGAAACACAACUUCGGGAAGAGCCGUUGCAAGAUACCACACCAUCGAGACGAGGAUCCGAUACACCUAGAGAUCAAGAUGAUACUCAGCAACUCACUAACAUACCAGGGUCGUCCGAGGUCGUGGAUCAUCCAAACGGUGAUCUACAUGACACAAUAGAGGAAGCAUCAUAUCUUUCACUAGCUGCUAUGGGCGCACAGCGGGCGGAUCGUCAACCCUUCCCAACCCAGGGCCUCUCUUUCCUAACUUUACUGUAUGCUGCAAUCGGCGUGUCAGGGGCAAACCCUUCAACAUCUCAGGAUAACCAUGCUUUCCAUUCUGCCACUCUGGCUAAUCUUCGUAACGACGUUGUUGUGGCCCAUUACGAGCAAAGUAGAACCGUAAACAGCGCCGCACUCGACAAGUACGUCGAGUUUGUGCAGCAGUCUUAUCCGUUCAUAGCCAGUGGAGACCUGAGAGACGUGUUCAAUAUUGCUUUGCAAACUCAACAGGGCGAUAGAAAUGCUGCUACUGUUGACGCAGAGCUACCCGAGACGACUGUUAUGAUGCUGUUCGGCCUCGCCACAGGCCUUCUGGUGUCGCCAGGCUAUACGUACACUGAAGUCAUCGCGACCAAGUAUGCAGCGUGUGCAGUAGAUUUGCUACCUCGCGUAUUCGAACGCGCGAGUGACUUACCGACUGUUCAGUGCUUAGUCGCAUUGACAAUCUACUCGCUAUACACAGCACUCGGAGGUUCAACUUGGCAUUUGCUAGGCUUGGCAAUGACGCGCUGUGUUGCGUCUGGUAUGCACACAAGUAGGUUGUCUGACUUGGAGUCAGACAACGAGAACAAACGAAACAGCUGCAGAACCUUUUGGACGCUCUACAUAUUAGACACGUACAUCAGUACUGCACUAGAUCGACCAUUUUGUCUCAGUGAUAAUGACGUUCUGGUCUCGUCGCCGACUUCGACAGAGAUUGGCAACGACGAUAGGCGACUUCGCUGUCUAGUCGAACAUGCUCAAUUGCUCCGGUCCAAUCGUUCAGAGGCUACGACAGACUCUUGGGUUCACUACAUCAACCUCCGCCACUGGUACGAUAUUAUGGAUACACCCGCAGUUCCGUCACUCUCGCAACUCCACAUGUUGGUCCGUGGCCUUAUCGAGAUAGUCAAGCGACUAUCACUCCAGAACGACCAGAACUGGAAUCUGAUAUUGUGUGGGGCCGAACCGGACAUUGAGAACUACCUCAAUCUCUUGGAGACUCAGCUUCUAGAACAGCGUUGCGCACCCGCAGCUUUUGACGCUUUCGAUGUGUUCGCAGUUGGAGUCAUGAUCAUGCAGUCACGCAUGCAAACUGCGGCGCGCAUAGCUGCACGGAAAGGCAUUGUAUCGCAAGCUAUCAAUGUCCUGACAAUGCUCUCAAUGCGAUAUUCUCCCGUCCGCAGUCUGAGAGAUGUGCUCUCGGAGUGUCACGCUAUCUCGACAGACAACCGGCAACUUUCGUCUUCGUCGCACCUUCGCGGUCUUAUUGAUCGUUCAGAAAUAUGUAUUUCGAAGCCCCUGCAAGAUAUGAUUUUUAGGGGGUUUACACCUUGA